UUGCCUUAUGCAGCACGCCUCACCUCAUGCAGCACGCCUCACCUCCCGCCAUGUGCAGCGCCCGCAUGGCGUCCAUCAAGUCGUGCAUGCCGCAUCGACCGCGGAACGCACCCAACCCACCGCCACCACCGCCACCACUGCCACCACCACCACCACCACCGCCACCACCACCACCACCACCACCACCGCCACCACCACCACCACCACCACCACCGCCACCACCACCACUGCCACCACCACCACCACCACCGCCACCACCACCACCGCCACCACCACCACCACCACCACCGCCACCACCACCACCACCACCGCCACCACCGCCACCACCACCACCACCACCACCACCGCCACCGCCACCUCCUGCUGCACCAUCAGUGGUUCUGCCGCUGCUGGCAGUGCUGCUGCUGCUGCUGCUGGCUAUGGCGUCGCUCUCACUGCUGGCUGCUGCCGGACUGAACCUCCCAAUCACCCUCCUCCCUCUCCUUCCUCUCCCCCCUUCCCCACCAUCCAUGCCCAGCCCCUCAGCUCUAUCCUCCUUCCCUCCCUCUUCACCCCCACCUGCCAUACCCUGCUGGCCUUUCCCACCCUUCCCUUUUGAUCCCCCCUUCUGACCCCCCUUGUGUCC